AUGAGCCACGCAGCCGCAAAGAAAAGCACCCGUAACGCAAAGCAUGGUCUGGAAACGACCAAACCAAAGCGCCUACUUCUAGGCACCGACGAGAUAAGCUUCACAGCUAAGGAGCAAGAGAAGAUCCUAGCUCCCCACCAUGAUGCUCUAGUUAUCUCUCUCACCGUAGCAAACUGCUUGGUGAAAAGAAUACUAGUAGACAACGGCAGCUCCAGCAACAUUAUCUUCCAGACGGCAUACCACGAUCUAGGGCUGGAGGAGAGCACCCUGACGCGCAAGGUAACACCACUCAUCGGGUUCAGCGGCGAGGUCAAGCAAACCGCCGGAGAGGCUAUCCUCCCAGUAUACGCUGAAGGGGUCAACAUGUCUACCAAAUUUCUGGUCGUAGAUUGCCAAUCAGCAUAUAACAUGAUCUUGGGACGACCAUGGAUUCACGCCAUGGGAGCAGUCCCUUCAACCCUUCAUCAGAUGGUGAAGUUUCCUACACCCUGGGGCAUCAUAAUAAUCAGGGGAGACUAA